AUGCGGCGCGGCGCGGCGUGCUGCUGGGCGCUGAUGCUGCUCGCCGCCGCCUUCUGUGACACGGUGGCCGGCAAGGGCGGGCGCGGCGGGGCCCGCGGAGCUGCCCGUGGCGGGGCCCGGGGCGCCGCCCGCGGCCGGGUGAAGGCGUCGGUGCCCCGGUACGGCUCGGCCGGGGCGGCACUGCGGGUGGCGGCAGCGGCGGGAGCAGGAGCGGCGGCCGGGGUGGCCCUGCGCCGGGCCCGGCUGGCCGGGGAGCUGGCUGCGGGUGACGGCACCGAGUACCGGGAUGGGAACGGGACAGCCGCUGCCUGGACCUCGGCUGCACCGACCCGGGCCCCUCCGGGCUGGGCCCUGCCUUGGCUUUGGCCGCUGGCUGCCACCCUCCGCCGCUGA